AAGUGCUGCGUCCUAUCGCGAGUCCUAAUGACACGUUUCCGAUGAAUAUCUCAACUUCAGCUAUUCCAUCAUCGCCCCAAUUCCCGUGGUCUAUCGAUCCGCGGCUCUUUGUUGUAUGUAUCCUCUGAAAUGUGCCUCCGUUACGCUUCGGCCCCAACAACAAUCCGCUCUGGAUAUGUUGACUUCCACUCGCUGGUGUCCCACCAGAGUUCUCUUCUUUUUAUUACCUGUAUUCAAUGUUCUUGCAUAAACAUUGCGCUAGUUAUCGUUCAAAUACAUGCAUAUCUGCUCCAGGAGCUGCGGCUCCCGUAGCAUAUAUGCUAUCUUACUAUUUACUUUUCCCAGCUCCUUUGUAUAGUUUCCUCCUGUUCUGGAGAUAGCAAGUCAAGCAGGUCCCGCCUGA